UGGAAGAUGCUGACCAGCCGACGACGCUUCGCCGAUCGCACGCCGCGCCGUUCAGCACGCAUCGAAGAGACGGGUUCCCUUAUCGCCGCCACGUUCCUUUUCUACGCGCCCCUUUAGUCGUAAGAUCACUGCUAGGGGUGCUGUCGCGAAGCCGACGGCUGCAGCCGGUCCCGCCGAGAGAGAGAGAGAAGCUUGCGUGCCCCGAGACGCGUUUGUAAACAGUGAAACGAGAAUGCGGAUUACGGUGCUCACAGUCUUGCUCAAUGUCUUCGGCAUCUCUCACGGGGGCAAAGUUUACGAAGCGAAUCCCGAUACAAAGAGGCUCUACGACGAUUUACUAUCCAACUAUAAUAGACUGAUACGUCCUGUUAGUAAUAAUACGGAGACCCUGACCGUCUGGCUGAUGUUGAAGUUGUCGCAAUUAAUAGAAAUGAAUCUAAAGAACCAAGUGAUGACAACGAACGUCUGGGUGGAGCAGAAGUGGUUCGACUACAAAUUGCAAUGGGACCCGCAGGAGUACGGCGGUGUGGAGAUGUUAUACGUGCCUUCCGAAAAUAUAUGGCUUCCAGACAUCGUGCUGUACAACAACGCGGACGGAAAUUAUGAAGUGACGCUGAUGACAAAAGCCACGCUGAAGUAUACCGGCGAGGUGUCCUGGAAACCGCCGGCCAUUUACAAGUCGUCCUGCGAAAUCAACGUUGAGUACUUUCCAUUCGACGAGCAAUCGUGUAUCAUGAAAUUCGGCUCAUGGACAUACAACGGCGCUCAGGUGGACCUGAAGCAUAUGAAGCAAAUGGCUGGUAACAACAUCGUCUCGAUCGGUAUAGAUCUCAGCGAUUUUUAUCUGUCAGUGGAGUGGGACAUUUUGGAAGUGCCAGCAGCACGCAACGAGGAAUAUUACCCGUGUUGCGAAGAACCUUAUUCAGAUAUUACAUUCAACAUUACAAUGAGGAGGAAAACUCUAUUUUAUACCGUCAAUCUGAUUAUCCCAUGCGUCGGUAUCACGUUUAUGACGGUGCUAGUUUUUUACCUGCCCAGCGAUUCCGGUGAAAAGGUGUCACUGUGUUCCUCCAUUCUCCUCUCACUGACGGUGUUCUUCCUGCUCUUAGCCGAAAUCAUCCCGCCGACGUCGCUCGCCAUACCUCUACUCGGGAAAUACUUACUGUUCACCAUGAUUUUAGUCACCCUGUCCAUUUGGAUCACCGUCUGCGUCUUGAACGUGCAUUUCCGAUCGCCUUCCACGCAUAACAUGUCGCCGUGGGUGAGACAAGUAUUUCUAAACUGGAUGCCGAGGGUGCUGCUGAUGCGUCGCACGCCGUACUCCACGCCCGAGUACGACGACACUUAUAUGGACAGUGGAUACACCAAUGAAAUAGAUUUCAGCGUGAGCGACUAUCCGCUGGAAGUGAAAGGAAGCCCGAACAGAUUUGACACCGUCACCUCCGUGUACAAAAUCAGAGACGACGACGCACGACACAUACCGCACGCGUCAGUUACUGACAGCGAGAAUACGAUGCCGAAACACUUAUCCCCGGAAGUUAUAUUAGCUCUCAAGGGUGUGCGUUUUAUCGCUCAGCACAUCAAAGACGCGGAUAAAGAUAACGAGGUUAUAGAGGAUUGGAAAUUCGUGUCUAUGGUCUUGGACAGAUUCUUUCUUUGGGUGUUUACGCUCGCGUGCUUCGGCGGCACAGUGGGCAUAAUUUUCCAAGCGCCCAGUCUGUACGACAAGAGGGAACCCGUGGACCAACGACUCUCCGGUAUAUCAUUGCGCAACUACAUGUAUCCGCCGCCGAACGGAACUUUCGAGGAAGAAUAAGUUUACUAAAGUACUACAGAUGAAGUUAACUCGCGGACUGUGUGUGUGUGUGUGAGAGAGAGAGAGAGAAGCGGGUACAUCGUGCGCGUCAUCAUCGCUAGUAAAUUUGGCUCCUCCGCCCCGCUCAUCUCCCCCAGAAAAUUCAUCCAUAUUUUUUAACGAAACGAAAAUAGCUCCCGAAGGAAGAAAUAACACCCAAGGCAAAACAAAUUUCUAAGGCCUCUUAAAGCCAUCUGCGAGAUCUAAAACAAACAAAAAAAUAGAACGUCUUUUGAACGUUUCUGAACGUUUAAGACAUCUUUUAGAAAUUUGUUUUGUUCUGGGUUCCGACAGAGAGAGAGAGAAAGAGGGAUAGUGAUAGAUAUCGAAUAUUAUUCGUCACAACGAAGAACAAGUACACCGACACACUCUGUCUUAUCGAACAAAUCGCAUCACGACAUGAUAUGUAUCGUCCGGAACAAGAUAAACGAAAUCGAUCUCUCUUCUUUUGAAUAUUGCUAUUCCUAUAUAAAUGAUAUACUCUGUGAACCCUCUAAAUCGAUUAACAGACUCACUUCGCUUCACUCCGAACACCAGUGGGGAUGAUCGAUAUUGUCAGAUAAUCCAACGUGUUGUUAUUGUUCGCUCGGUCAACGUAAAGAAGAAUCAACAUUACCGUUGUCCACGAAAAAAAAAACACGCAGAAGUAACUUUCCGGUUAUCAGCGAUCACCCAAUCGAAUCACAUGUAUUCAUAUUUUCCACUUAAGAAGACAUUCCGAAAUGAAACGCUAGACACAUUACGGAUUACAGAUUAGACUAUAGUUUAAGCGAUUUAUUAACCCUGAUCGUGUCAAGCGCACCUCCCACACGAUGAGCUUAAUUAAGGGAAGAUGACAGCACAGCGACGGUAGAGAGACGUGUGUGUGUGUGUGUGUAAGUGAGCGAAGCGUGAAUCGGGUGGCAUAUGCGAGAUCUCAUGUCAAGGUUAAUAAAAGGCUUACGCUAUAAAAGAUGAAGGUAACUUUAUUCUCAUUUACGCGUUACAUUUCGUGGACCGACUUCUUUUUCUUAAAAUAGUGAAAAUUGUAUUAAAAUACUUGCUCAUCUCAGUCAGAUCGAGCUCGACUUUAGCACUAGAUUCAAUUCGCCAAGUGAGAUCGACGAAGCGGCGCGAGCUGUUGUAUUUGUAAUGUCGGAAUGCAAUGCAGUGUGAUUAAAAUUACGUAGGAGAAAAAUAGAAAGAGAAAUGAAAGUUUCCUUGCACAUUUUCGACCAUCCCGAGAGGGAACCACGGCGCUCGUGUUCCAGCGUGCCGAUGCUUCUGAGUUUCGACAGACUGCAGAAGAAACGCCG